AUGACCGAUUUAAGCGAGGCCUUUGUUGUCCGAAGUCUAAAAAGUUUGAAAACUGCAAGUGGACGACCCAGGACGCUGUCAUAUAAUGAAGAUUGGCCCGUCCCACCUUCAUGGCUUUGGGAGAGCGCCUACGAGGAUGAUGGGGAUGAUGUUGCUUGGGCUUUUGCCGACAACGAGGAAAACAACAAUGAGGAAGCGAGCGAUGAUCCGAUCGAAGAGGAUCCUGCAGAUCAUGCAUAUGGCUUCCUAAUGUUGGAUGGCCCCCCAGAAUCCAUCGAUAGUGCCUUUGGGGAUUCAUAUACUGUCGCCCGUCGCAGCAGUAAAAUACCCAAUCGAAGACGCUCUAUGAUCACUACUAACACCACUAUCCUGGACUCAACCUUUGAUCACGCGGAGGAGACUUGUGAAAAGAUUUUCCGCAAAGGUGCUGAAGAUACGAUCAUCAAGCUGCCAGAUCAUGUCGGAGAAGGUCCAUUCGCCCGCGUUGUGUCCAUGACACCCGCUUCCCACACCUAUGAGCUUCCUCAUCACCACAUCCGGUCUCGUUCGUUGGAGAACAACGAAAAUGACGUUUAUGAGCUCAAGAUCGACUACAACUCCCAUCUCAUCAAGCGAGACGAUGGUCCGAUUAACAUGCGCAUUGAUUACACUAAUCUUCUUCCAUACUGGGAUGAAGAUGUGAAAAAGAGAACUGCCUCUAAGAACACCUCGGUUAAGCUUGGGUCCGGCAGUACUGACAUGACGGAAACAUCUGAAAGUGGCCUAGUCAAGCGUUGGUUUGGUAAAUUCGGGGACUGGCUGAAGAAGAUGAACAAAGUUGAAGCUGGAAAUGAUGGUUUUCUCAACAUGGCAUUCCAGAAGAGUUUCCUUCUGUAUCGAGCUGUUAAAGGAUGCGCUCGUCGAACCUUCUAUGCAGAGAUGAGAAUGUACCUCGAUGCUGAUGUUCAGAUGGAUGCGACUUAUGCAUACUAUCUCUCUGGAACCAUCGUGCCAUUGAAGGUAAUUGACACUUAUGGGUAUCUGGGGGUGGAGCCAAGCGCAUACCUUGGACUGCGUCUUGAAGGAAACGCGAUCAUGACCUAUACAUCAGAGUGGAAGAAACUCAUUGACACUCUUGCUUACCCUGGAUUGAGUAUCAAGGGUAUAGCGACUGUUGGACCUAGCUUGGAUAUAUAUGGCCGAAUUCGCGGUAGUGUUACUCUGAGUGGUCAGGCCAAGGCUGGUGCCCGAGUACACUUUGGCCGUGCAGAGCUCUACUUCCCACAGGAUGAAGAGGGCACCAAAGGUGAUACAGACUAUGACAAGAUCGACGACAUCAAAUCUCAGCAAGAGCGACCGAAGACUGGCCUAGAGCCACAAUUCUUUGCAUCCGCACAAGCAUCCGCAAACCUUGCCAUUGAUGUUUCCCCCAAUGCUCGCAUUGGUAUCGAGGUGGGUCCGUCCGUUCUGGGCAAGGGAAACCUGGUAAAUGCGCAGAUCAUUGCUUUCAUGAACAGCACCCUUGAUUUCUCCGCCAUUGUGACUGGGUCGGCUGGGACCGACUCUAGCCCCACGUACAGUUACAAAUACGGUGCCUAUCUCUACUAUAAUCUAGGCUAUGGAGGAUUCGCCAACAUUCUCGGUGAUACUUGGAAUUGGCACUAUACACCGGUCUACCUCUACAGCCUCCCAGGUCAGAAAUACACGAUCUACGAGAACAGCAACGUUGAAUCGGACGCGACGCUCAAUUCAAAGAGAGAUAUCAAGAUACUGCCAGACGGUGAUGAGAAGGGAUUGUUCCAUGAUGAUGACGAUGAGGACGCAAUUUGGAAUGAUAAUGGCCUGGAGCCAUAUGUUCCACCUGCUAGCCAUGUUCACCGCCGCAGGACUCAUAUGCACCUUCAUCACAAAGCACAUCACUCUUAUCAUGAUAAGUCCAAUGCUACAUCACAUAUUCCCAAUGUCGGCUCGGUGAUAUUCAAAAGAGCGGACGUUGAUGACGACGGUGAACAGCCAGACACGGCGGAUAGCUCCCAGUUUACCGGCUCCCAGAACUUUGAUUGCCCUAAAAAUGGGAACAAGCAACCGACCCUCCCAGAAUUGCGCUUCAGAGGUAUAUGCGACGGUAUCUUCGGAUGGUUUGCUUCAGAUGGCGCCAGCAGCGACGGCGUCACACUCACUUGGGAUCCUAACCGUCGUGACGCAAGAGACGUGUACACAUGCAACGGGUGGACAGACUACGAUGACGAAAAUAAAAGGAACUCAUACUGCACCAGUCAGAAGAAGGCUCUCAAUGAAGCUGCUGGUCUUCCUGAGAAGAAAAUGACGAUCAGCUGCGAUGAGUUUCCUUUUGGUGGGACUGAGGAGGGCGGAGACUGGGGUGCCAAAUAUAAGCCACAUCGAGUCCCCCCGACUGCUAAUUGCGUGCCUCAGUGGCAACAGUCGUUGCAAGGAAACUGCAACAAACUUCUGAGUUCUUUGUACACUAACGUGGCAUACUUCGACCGUGAUGUCGAUUCGGAUAAGGAGGACUGGAAAUGGUGGUCCAAGACUAAAGAUGACGAGAGAUGGACCCCGGGCGGAAGUGAGAGUGAUACAAACCCGCCAGUCUUUGGACGUCUGACGCGAUAUCCCGAGCCCGUCCCUCUCGCCCAUGGCAUUGAUAGAACUGAAUGGGAGAACUCCGGCCGAACACUUGGAUACAACUUUAAACGCAACUUUACCAUGGCCCUUGCGUACGCGACGAGUCUUUCAGAUACGCCCGAUCAAUGGGGCAAGAUGGCGUUAAAUAGUUCCCAGAUAAAAGGCGCCAGCUCAGAUACAGACCCGACCCACGUCUUUUGCGCGGUGAAUCUAUUCAAUCAACCAGACGUCUAUCGAUAUGGAAGUGGCAACGGAUUUUGUUUGGAUACGCGCAAGGGAACGAACGGAAUGAAGAAAGAAUCUGGCUUUGGACAGUCACCAGGAUACACUAUGUGCAAGGUCAACUACAUCGGGAGUACCUUUAGUGACCAAACGGCUCCUGCGUCAUACAGCAAACGUGACCAAAAUGAGUUGACGGGAGAGAAUAAUGAAUGGGAGAUCGAAAGUAUUGAGCUGCACCCGGAUGAGAAUGUCUGGUGGCCUCUGCCGGACGACGUGGAUUGGGAGGACACAUUGAACCCCGGAGACACAAACCUUGGGUAUGGAGCGGAUUCAAAUUAA